UUACAUACAGUAGCUACUUCUCUUUAUAGAAAUUAGAUUAAAAAAUAUAUCUGUACAUCAAAUGAUACAAAGAUUAAAGUCGGUUUUUGUUUUAAAAACCAUAACAACAUUGUAGCAUCCAACAAACAAAAACACAAGCACAUGUAGUUUUACCAAUAUAACUCUGCGUUCCUCUCCCAUUUAUAAAACCUGUAUCAUAAAGUAUUAAGAGCUAGUUUUGAUUAACUUAUUAAUUUACCAAGAGCAUUAACUUAAAGUUACCGGUUGAAAACAAACCUUGUCCCCCCACUAACUUCCAGACGAAUAAAACCAAACCGCCGUUCCAAUUCCAGCCAGUACCCGUAUAACUCUACGCGCGUGCGUGCGAUUUAAAAAGUUAAACUGUCAAACUUUUACUUUUAAAAACUAUAUGUGUGAAUAGAUACGUGGCGUGUUUUUUUAAGCAUGGCGAUCUCUUUAGUGAGAUUUGGACUAAGGUCCGCUGUUUUCAACUUGGAAAGGAGCGCCGCGAUUAUAUCAAGCCCCAGUGCCCAAAAUCAAUUGAAGCUAAUCCACACAAAACCAAUAUGCAACGGCAGCGUCUGCUACCUUCAGGAGAUGCCGCGAGAGGAGCUGGCCGUGGAGAGCGCCAUCAGGCGGUACAGCAAGCAGCACGGCAGGCCAGAGGAGAACAGGAGGAAACAGGACAGCGAUAGCGAUAGUGCUAGUGAUUCUGAUACCGAAUGCAAAGGACAUGAUCGGUCAGAAUUCUGGCGACGCAAGAUGCGUACAGUGCACAACAUUCUGGACGUAGACAAGGACGGGCUGAUCUCAUUCAACGACUUCAAGCUGUUCGCGAACCGCUUCCAGAGCCUCGGCCAUCUUGAUGAGCAGCAGGCCAAGGAGUUCUCCGAGAUUAUUAAGCACACAUGGGAAGAGCAAUGGGGCGCCAUCGACCCCUAUAACUUCGUGACGGUGGAGCAGUACCUAGAAGACAUGCAUCACGUGCUCAACGACAAGACGCUCAAGAAGAAAGCGCACCGCUGGCUGCCGUACCUCUUCAAGGCGGUAGACAAGGACAAGUCCGGUUUCAUCUCAGUGAAGGAGUUCAAGCUGUUCUUCCAGUGCUUGGGGCUUGAUAACGAACAUGCGGCUGUCGCUUUUGCCGUCAUCGAUGUCAACGGGGACGGCAAACUCUCCCUAAAAGAGUUCGUGAAGCUGGGCAAAGACUUUUUCUUCACCGAGGACGAGAAGCGAGUUUCCAAGAUGUUCUGGGGCCCUCUAGUCGAAGUGUAAGGCGAAACCGACUUUAACGUAGCGAUCUAAGAGUCAUUUUAGCUUGUAAGCUAGGCGUCCAUCUGAAUAUCUCAACGUACUGUUUGCAACUAGAACCAUGUCGUAUUGAUAAAUAGUAAGAGAUUGCUUACGAUUCAAUUUGUAUAGUUACUUUGACAUAGUUCCAUUGCAGAGGGUUAAAAUCGUUUGAUUGUGUAAAGUAUAAACAUUUAUACAAUAUGAUGUUUAGUGGAUUGGUUAUAAUAUUAUAAAAUGUUUGCAAGAUUUUGAAAAAUCUUGAAUUUUAAUAGAACUAAUAAUGAGUUCAGAAAUGAUAUUUAUAUAGAAAAUCAGAUGAAAUAUAUGUAUUAUAUCAUUCAAUACUAGAUUUUAAGCAUUGUUAGAUGUCAAUAUAUGCUAAAAACAAUCACAGUAAAUAUUUAAUAAUAAAUAAUAAUUCAGCCUAUAUACGUCCCACUGCUGGGCACAGGCCUCCUCUCAUGUGCGAGAGGGCUCGGGCUAUAGUCCCCACGCUAGCCCAAUGCGGAUUGGGGCUUCACAUACACCUUUGAAUUUCUUCGCAGAUGUAUGCAGGUUUCCUCACGAUGUUUUCCUUCACCGAAAAGCUAGUGGUAAAUAUCAAAUGAUAUUUCGUACAUAAGUUCCGAAAAACUCAUUGGUACGAGCCAGGAUUUGAACCCGCGACCUCCGCAAAUAAAUAAAUAUUUCAAAAAUAAUAAUCACAUGAUGUAUGUUUGACAAUUAAAAUUCAAUUGAUUUUCUAUAUAAUAUAAGCCAAAAGCAUUUAAAGCAAUAGAUUUAAUCAAUAUCUACAUUAAAAAGGUCUGUAAUGACGCUAAAUUUAAUGCAAACCAGACACUAUCAGUAAUAUUGACAUUAAUUUUGAAACACGAUAUUAUUAUUGAUAUUGUAGUAAUGAAACGAAGGAAUGAUAAUAUUUAUUGAUGACAUUCUUACUGAUAGUCUGUAAUUUUGCAACUAUUAUACUAAUUUGUUUAGAGACAUUCCUAUUAAGGCUUUUCUUAUGAAUAAUGUAUGUCUUAUGAUUGAAUAGCUCAAUAUUUGAGCGAAAAAAAAGAAAAUAAUUAUAAAAUAAAAAAUAAAAAAAGAAUCUCAAAUAAAGUUCUGAUAAUAAUUA